AUGGUGCAGCACCAAGAUCAUGGCUGGCUGUCAUGGGCGUCGCGCAUACUUGCAAGUACCGGUACUUGUGCUGGGGCCGUGCAGGAGACCACAUGGAGCAGCCUGAGCAUCUCCGGCGACUACUCACGCGCGCGAAUGUACCGGUACUUGUGCCGCCGACGCCGGACCGCGGUCCAGCACCAAGAGCAUCUCCGGCUUGGCUGGGCACGCAUGUACCGGUACUUGUGCGCCCGGCACGUGCGCGGCGGCGUGAGCAUCUCCGGCGGGCAGGAUUGGCCGUCACGGCGCCGCCGCGCCACAAGGCGAAGCUGGAAAGCCUCGUCGCCGGGUGAGGCGGCGUCAGCCUUGCCCUGUCUCGCCGCCUUGGCUUCGCUGCGCCUCACAACCGAGUUUUCACCCCCUUCAUCCGCCCGUCAUCCUCCUCCCGACAGGUCCGAUGCGAGCAACGAGCAUCCCAUCACGGGACCCGGACCACCCUUGCCCGCUGCUUGCGCCGAUUGGCUGCUCUCGAAUGCGUCAAAUAAUACGGACAAGGAAGCAGAGGCAGAGCGGUGCCAUGGGGCGGAGGAGGAGGAGGGCACCCCUACGUCUGAGCAGGGCCUGUCUCUCCCCUCCUCGCGGCCGACGCUUUGGCACGAGCAUCGCCACGCUGCCUCGACCGAUGUGCGGAUGCCUGACAGAGGUCUCUCGAAUCGGAGAUAA